AUGAGUGUUUCUGAUUAUUAUCCAAGCAAGAGUGCUUCUGCUCAUUGUUCUGGUGAGAAAGCUUCUGUUCAGUAUCCUGACGAGGUUUCUUCUGGCGAGAAUGCUUCUGUUCAGUAUCCUAACGAGGGUUCUUCUGGUGUAAAUGAUCCUAACUAUUAUCCUGGUUAUGCUGAUCUCAUCUCUUAUAUGAAAAAUUAUAAUCACAAGUCAUAUCGUCAGUUUUUAAAUAUUCAUCGUAAUGUUAUAGCCGCUUCACCUCCAUAUUCUACGGAUUGGGGAGUUCUUAACUCUAUCUGGAAUAAACGGUUUUUAACAACUGCAAAAGAGCUAAAUAUAGAUACUUUCGAGACCUUGAAAAAAAAGGUGCGCCCAAGUAGAUGGGACGAUAAUCCUACUGCAGGGGAAUAUAAUCCUACUGCAGGGGAAUAUAAUCCUACUGCAGAGGAAUAUCGCCCCCUUUACUUGUUCGAGUCAGAAGUGUCUUAUUUAAGGAUCAUUAUAUUUACAGUAUGGUCCUUAAGGAAAGAACCUGUAGACCGGUUUCAAAUAUAUUGGAACGAUAUCAUUAGUGAACGUCAAACGCGCCGAGACCUUGCAAAUUAUAACACAGAACGGGAUCGUCUUAUUCUAACUCUAACCGACUUAGAAUUAAAGAUAGAGUCGACUAGUAUUAAACUUUCCAAGAUUGUCGAAAAAUAUGCUAACGGACAAGUUAAUAGUAUUUAUAAUGAUAACGACGUUGACGUUUCUUUCGGUGACGAUAAUCUUACUAGUAAUCAUGAUAUUCAUAAUUUAUCCACACGUGUUUAUUUUGAUCACUCCGAUAAUAAUUAUGAUUUCGCAAAUGCAAAUAAAGAUCUGAAUGCAAAUAAUGAACCCGAUUCCAUUAAUGCAAGUGAUCCUAAUGCAAAUAAAGAUCUCGAUUCCAUGAAUGCAAGUGAUUCGAAUGCAAAUAACGAUCCCGAAUCCAUGAAUGCAAGUGAUCUGAAUGCAAAUAAAGAUCUCGAUUCCAUGAAUGCAAGUGAUUCGAAUGCAAAUAACGAUCCCGAUUCCAUGAAUGCAAGUGAUUCGAAUGCAAAUAACGAUCCCGAUUCCAUGAAUGCAAGUGAUCCUAAUGCAAAUAACGAUCCCGAUUUCAUGAAUGCAAGUGAUUCGAAUGCAAAUAACGAUCCCGAUUCCAUGAAUGCAAGUGGUCCGAAUGCAAAUAACGAUCCCGAUUCCAUGAAUGCAAGUGAUCCGAAUGCAAAUAAUGAUCCCGAUUCCAUGAAUGCAAGUGAACUGAAUGCAAAUAACGAUCCCGAUUCCAUGAAUGCAAGUGAUCCGAAUGCAAAUAAUGAUCCCGAUUCCGUGAAUGCAAGUAAUGAUCCUGGUUCCGCGAACGCAAAUAAUGAUACCGAUUCCGCGAAUGCAAAUAAUGAUACCGAUUUCACGAAUGCAAAUAAUGAUCCCGAUUCCACAAAUGCAAAUGAUCCCGAUGGUAAUUCCACGAAUAGCCGAUAUCGUCGCCGAAAACGCUCACGUAAUAGUGCAUAUGUUGGUCCUCGUUCCCGCAAUAAUAAUGCAAUAGGAAUUAUUAUUGAGACUGAGGAAAAUGAAAAUAAUGAAGGGAACGAGGAUGACACAAUUAUGGAUUCAUCUGAUAAUGAAACACAGUUUAUUACUCGUGAACAAAAAAAAAUGCGACAUAUAAUAGAAGAAUUAAGCGAACCAAUAUCGGUUGAAGAAAAUGAAUUAAAUCUUUCAAAUCUUGCUGAAUCCAGUUCACAAAUACCAACAUUAAUUCAAUUAUACCAAAAUGCUAUUCGUGCUGGAAUGCAUGCAAAAC